UAAAAAGGCUAUAUGUGAGAGAUUUAGUUAUAAUAUUAUUUUGCAGUAGAUAACAGUGACUACACAUACUGUUGAGAGAUCUGGAAUCAUGCAGAAUUUAUUACUACAGGCGUUACUUUGCCUUCUACUCCUAUUAUCGAACAACAAUGCAUUUGAAGAAUAUUACUCCUACGACGACGAUUUGGAAGAUGGUGCUGAAAAGUCUUUUCGUGACUAUGAUCCGAAGUCAACACUAAAUGCAUACGUAGAUUCAUACAGUCGAGUUGCGGAUUAUAAAGCUGGACUGAUUGAAAUUCUGACAUACGUAAAUCCACAGAAUGUCGAAAAAGAAAUAAAACCUGAAAUCCUGAGACUUGAACACUUAUAUCAAAGUAAAUGGGCGAAGGAAUUUCUCGAAUCAAUCGGUGCGGAAGACAAGAAGCUCGUAAAUUUUUAUACUGAUGAAUACAAGAAGGCACUGAAAGAAGAUAAAGCUUUAAAUUACAGUUUUAUUGCCAAAAGAGUACCAUACAAUCUGAUGAGAAAGGCGAUUUCAAAGAAAUGGGAAAGAAGAAAAAAUCUCGAUAUUGCAGAAGGUGCUUAUUUUGCGGUUACAUCAGACAAUUUGAAGAGAGACGAAGUCCAAAUUGAAAUGAGAAAGAAGGAUAUGAUAGAAGCAAAUAAACGAUUGAAUACAUAUAGAGCUCACCUUAAAUCGCUGGAAACGGCAGCAGUUAUCGCAUAUAAUGCACACAAGAAAAAUUCAAAAUCAUUGGAUGCUGAGAAAGUGUAUUGGAAGGCUCGUAGUCGUGUUUCCUUCAGCACACUAAUGCUAGAGGAAUACAUAAAACUAUUGGAAAUGAAGAGGAUUAGAUUUUUAAAGUGUAAGUUGAAAUAUUAAAGUGAUUUAGAACUGCCUAGUUCAAACCCCAGAAUACAGAAUAAACUGGCUCCUGGCUGAAAUGAAGGAAGAUGCCAAGCUGUAAUAAUGAACUGCAGAAAAUUGAAUUCACUUCCAAGGGAAUUGAAGCAAUAGCAGUGAAGGAAAUAAAUCGUUUGCUUACCUCUUUUUUUGUUUAAUUAAAUAUAACAUUUUCUUUCGUA